AGUCGGUUCGAGGCGGCAACCGCAAUCGGUAGUGAUUAUUGUCGAGGUUAACCUGCAGUUUGCUAACGUCAUCCACGACGACGCGACACAGAGGAAAAACAAUCCGGCGAUCCACGUACAUAUCGAAAGCGCGCGCACAAACGUCAGCUUCGUUAUCAUGACUGAGGAGACACGUAAGGAGGUUCGUGUUUGGUGCGACGGAUGUUAUGAUAUGGUACAUUUUGGACAUGCAAAUUCUCUGAGGCAAGCUAAAGCUUUAGGAGAUUAUUUAGUGGUAGGCGUUCACAACGAUGAAGAAAUUACAAGACAUAAAGGUCCACCGGUCUUCACCGAGCAAGAAAGGUACAAAAUGGUGCGCGGUAUUAAGUGGGUAGAUGAAGUAGUCGAAGCAGCGCCAUACGUCACUACGUUAGAAACAUUAGACAAGUACAACUGUGAUUUUUGUGUUCACGGCGAUGAUAUUACAAUGACUGCUGAUGGUGUGGAUACUUAUCACUUGGUCAAAGCAGCCGGACGUUACAGAGAAGUUCAGCGAACGGCUGGCGUUUCAACAACUGACCUUGUAGGACGUAUGCUGCUGAUGACACGACAACAUUUUCGGCAAGGCGAUAACGAAUAUAGCGUCGACCGUGAGCCGAGUAAGCGCAUGGGGCAAGACCGUACUGCUCGAAGUCCGUGGACUGGCUGUUCGCAAUUCUUGCCGACUACACAAAAAAUUAUACAAUUCAGUGACGGCAAGAGUCCACAACCAAAUGACAAAAUCGUGUACGUGGCGGGAGCAUUCGAUCUUUUUCAUGUGGGACAUUUAGAUUUCCUGGAAGUCGCCAAGAAGGAGGGCGACUAUCUUAUAGUCGGUUUACACACCGAUCCCGCAGUUAACCGAUACAAAUGUGGCAAUCAUCCUAUUAUGAAUCUUCAUGAGCGAGUUCUGAGUGUGCUUGCAUGCAAGUAUGUAAAUGAAGUUGUAAUUGGCGCGCCGUAUGAGGUGACGAGAAACUUAAUGGAACAUUUUAACGUCUCUGUUGUGUGUCACGGACAAACGCCUAUAAUGCCCUGCGAGGAUGGUUCAGAUCCAUACGCAGAACCCAAGAGACAAAAUAAAUUUAAAUUGUUAGAUAGCGGCAAUGACAUGACUACGGAAAAAAUUGUUGAAAGGAUUAUUCUUCACAGGUUGGAAUACGAGGAUAGAAAUUUAAAGAAGGAGAAAAAAGAACUUGCCGCUUACGAAGCCUUCACGAAGUCUAAGAAAAAUGACAAGAUUGAAUAAUUAUUUGUUUUUUUUUUCGUGCGGGAACGUUUGCAACGCAUACGUGUGAUAUAUAAUCAGAGUUUUUGAAUAUUAACAUCAUAUGGAAAAACCAAAAAUAUGAUGUCAUACUUAUAAUUACUUUAUUAUGACAUUCGAAAUGCCUUACAUAGCCAAAGUAAAUAUUUAUUGGUCAUUUAACAUGCUGGAAAUAUCAAUUAUAACAGUAUGCAUGGAUAUUUGUCGAUUUUAAUUUGUUGCAAUGUGCAGCAAAAAAUGAUACACACGACAACAAUUGUAAAAUCGGAGAAACAUUUUAUGCUAAGUGUAUCAGAACUGUUGCCAUUUGUUUUCUUUGUCUAUUAAUAUUUUUUCUCACGAACUAAUUAUUAUUAAAUCAUUGUUGUGAGGAACAUAAUUCAGUACUAUAUUUCAAGUUUUAUUCGAGUUCAAAUUUAGUUAAGGAGGUCCUUUCUCCAGACAGAAUUGAGAUAAUUUAACUUGAAAUAUUUAUUUCUAGUCGUGGACAAUAGUUUUGGAACAGCUUACAUAUGUAUCUCGACAUAUCUCUAAAGACAAAGGUUGUCUCAAAGAUAUAUCGUGCAUUGUGGAAGUCUUUGAAUGUAGUUGUGCUUAGUGUAACUAUCAUCAUCUUGCACGAUAUAAACGUUGUGAUGUCGUUUCUUGAUACAACUUGAAAAUAAUUGUCGACUAAUCAUGCAAGUUAUGUGUUGUAGAAAUCCAAAAUCAAUAUUUUUUUCAGAAUUGUUGAAUUCCAACUAAUUAUACUUAUACAAUAAUUUUAAUAGUAUUUUUAUUGUUUUUGUCAGUUUGUUUGCUUUUUACUGAUAUUACAAAACUUACGAUUUAUUCGGAAUAUCAUUUAGUUGGAGCCUUCGAAACCCUUUAAACACAAUUACUAUACGUGAAUAUUAUCAAAUUAAUAUGUAUGCAUUAAUAUAAUUUAUUUAUACUUGUCUAAUUUAUAUUGAAUAUGUUCGAAAUUAAGUUAAGAAAUAGUUGUGCAAUGUAAAAAUGUAUAUUUAUAUAUGCGACAGACUUUUAUGUGUUUAAAAUCAUUGCAAUCUGGGAAAGAUUACAUAUACGAAUAUUUUAUAAUUAUUUAUUCAAUAAUUAUAAAAUAGUCGAGAUUAAUGAAAAAAACUUGAGUUUCAAUUCGGUCUAAUUAAUCACAAGUUCCUAAGCUCACUUAAUACGGUUUAUAAAAUAAUCUGAUCAAGUAAUCGAUUAUUUUCGCGACAAGCACGUUUAUCGAGCACGUUAUAAUGCAUAAUAAUGUAAGUAUUAGAUUUUUCUAAUACAAACUUUUAGUGUACCGUUUAUCUAAAAUUGUCAACGGAACCAAAGAAAUUAGCUAGAAACGAUUUACUAGAUUACACAGGAAAAAAGAGAUUAUAUAGUUUUUGAUUUUCUAUACAAGAAAAUUGAAGCUGAAUAAAAAUUGUACUGCGCAGAAUUGUUUGAUCGUUUAUUUUAUAAUAAUUAAUAAAUAGUCACAUUGUACAUAUUAUAGUCAGUCUAUAAUGAAUGUUACUGUAUUAAAUUUUUUAAGUGUC